AUGCCGAACAUUAUAAACGAAGUUAAAUUGGACUUCAAGGAUGUAUUGCUGAGGCCAAAAAGAAGCACUCUAAACAGUCGAAAUGAUGUAGAUCUAUUUCGUGAGAUUACAUUCCGGAAUUCGGGGCAAACAUACCGGGGGGUCCCCGUAAUGGCUAGUAACAUGGACACCGUGGGCACAUUUGAAAUGGCACAGGAAUUAUCUAAGCACGGCCUAUUUACCUGCAUACACAAGUACUAUACCCUGGACGAGUGGAAAAAAUUCGCAGAAGACUAUCCUAAAUGCCUAGAACAAAUGGCUGCAAGUUCUGGAACAGCUGAGGCUGACUUCGACCGCCUUUCGGAGAUCCUGAACAACGUGCCAGAACUAAAGUUUAUUUGUCUGGAUGUAGCUAACGGAUAUUCGCAACAUUUUGUUGAAUAUGUGCGGAGGGUUCGAGCUGCGUUCCCGAAACAUACUAUUAUAGCCGGAAACGUAGUCACAGGGGAAAUGGUAGAAGAACUCAUUUUAUCUGGCGCUGAUAUUAUAAAGGUGGGAAUAGGUCCAGGGUCCGUUUGUACCACAAGGAUAAAGACCGGUGUGGGAUACCCGCAGCUGUCUGCUGUCAUAGAGUGCGCGGACGCAGCACACGGUCUUAAAGGACACAUAAUAUCGGAUGGCGGUUGCACGUGUCCCGGUGACGUUGCUAAAGCAUUCGGCGCUGGCGCAGAUUUCGUGAUGGCGGGUGGUAUGUUUGCGGGCCACGACCAGUGUGGCGGUGAUGUAGUAACAAAGCCCGAUGGGAGGAAAGUCAAGCUGUUCUAUGGAAUGUCUUCAUCAACAGCUAUGUUGAAACAUUCUGGUGGUGUCGCGGAAUAUCGCUCGUCUGAAGGUAAAACAGUCGAAGUGGAGUACAGAGGCGACGUGGGUGUAACCGUUAAGGAUAUAUUAGGUGGCCUUAGAUCCACUUGUACGUAUGUAGGGGCUGCUAAAUUACGUGAACUUCCUAGACGAGCUACAUUUAUUAGAUGUUGUAGACAAGUUAACGAUACAUUCUCGUAA